UGUUUGGAAAUUCCCUAGCUUGACCCCGCCCCGGAGAAAUCCCCUGCCAGCGUUUAUAGGGCGCUGCGCGGCGCUGCCGAGGCCCACAGUGCAAUCCUCCAGCCGCGCCACCCGCCGGAGACGCAGCGAGCGCGCAGCAGCCCGGGACUCAGCAACCCCGAGCGCGCAGCAGCCCCGAGCGCUCAGCAACCCCAAGCGCGCAGCCCGCCCGGGAGCCCGGGAACCCGCGAGCACCGAGCACCGAGCACCGAGCACGCCGCCCGCGGCCGAGCGCAGCCCGAGCCCGAGCCCCGCCAUGUUUCAGCACGUCGAGCCAGCCCCGGAGCGGGCCCCGGACGGCCCCCGGGACCCUCUGAAGAAGGAGCGGCUGCUCGAGGACCGCCACGACAGCGGCCUGGACUCCAUGAAAGAUGAGGAGUAUGAGCAGAUGGUGAAGGAGCUGCAGGAGAUCCGCCUGGAGACGCAGGCGGCACCCAGCGGCGCCGAGCCAUGGAAGCAGCAGCUCACCGAGGACGGAGACUCGUUCCUGCACUUGGCCAUCAUCCACGAAGAGAAGGCGCUGACCAUGGAAGUGGUCCACAGGGUGAAGGGAGACCUGGCCUUCGUCAACUUCCAGAACAACCUGCAGCAGACUCCUCUCCACUUGGCUGUGAUCACCAACCAGCCAGAAAUUGCUGAGGCGCUUCUGGAAGCUGGCUGUGAUCCGGAGCUCCGAGACUUUCGAGGAAAUACCCCCCUACACCUGGCCUGUGAGCAGGGCUGCCUGGCCAGCGUGGGCGUCCUGACUCAGACCUGUGGGACCCAGCGCCUCUAUUCCAUCCUGCGGGCCACCAACUACAACGGUCACACGUGUUUGCACUUAGCCUCCAUCCACGGCUACCUGGGCAUUGUGGAGCUCUUGGUGUCCUUGGGUGCUGAUGUCAAUGCAAAGGAGCCCUGCAAUGGCCGGACUGCCCUGCACCUGGCGGUGGACCUGCAGAAUUCUGACCUGGUGGCCCUCCUGUUGAAGUGUGGGGCUGAUGUUAACAGUGUCACCUAUCAAGGCUACUCCCCAUACCAGCUCACCUGGGGCCGCCCCAGCACGCAGAUCCAGCAACAGCUGGGCCAGUUCACGCAAGAGAACCUGCAGAUGCUGCCAGAGAGCGAGGACGAGGAGAACUCUGACUCGGAGGCCGAGUUCACUUCGGAGGAAGAGGAGGACGAGCUGCUCUAUGAUGACUGUGUCCUUGGAGGCCAGCGCCUGACGUUAUAAGCUUCAGAAAGUGACUGAAAGAACAUGGACUUUGUAUAUUUGUAAAAAAAAAAAAAGCCAAAGUUUUAUUUUUCUAAGGAAAAGAAAAAAGAAAAAAAAAAUCAGGGUGCACUUAAA